UGUCAAACCCAUUGGCUUGUUUCGCCACCCCUUUUAAAGUGCUGUGCAAAUUUUUCACUCCGCCAAGGUUCACCUCCACCGUCGCUGCCGGCAAUCGCCAUCGUCAAAACCAUCACCAAUUCGAGUCGAUCUCCCUUAUUGCCUUCCAUUCACAUGGGUGAGCAGACCCGGGGACAACCCGAGACCCAAUCUAAAGAUUCUAAACUUCCAUCUCCACCUCGGCCCAUGAAAUCUGAGCCCAAUUUGGACUCCAAUUCGCAAUCUUCGCCGCAACUAGCCCCCUCAACUGACCCCGCCAUCGCCACUGAAGCCGGCGAGUUUUUGGAAAAUUCCCAAAAUCACACAAACCCUUCUAAGAUUCCAAUUCGACCUCAGAAAAUCCGGAAACUGUCGAGUACCAGCACAGACACUAAUCCCGCCGUCGACAAAGAUUCUCCUCCACCUAAAAUCGCCGUCGAAGAGUCCUCUUCAGUAUCGAGCAUCUCCACCGUUACUGCAGAUGCUCCCGCUGCCACUAUUAGCACCAAGAACCGGCGGCGGAAUGCCUCCCAAUUUUCUAGACAGCUGCCCCAGAUCAUCAAACCCUUGUCGGCCAAUGGGGAGAUUGAAUUGGCCAUUCGACACCUCCGUUCUGCAGACCCCUUGCUCGUACCGCUCAUUGAUACCCACCCGCCCCCUCAAUUUGAGUUCCACCAUCCCCCAUUCGUAGCACUUACCAAGAGCAUUCUCUACCAGCAACUCGCCUACAAGGCCGGCGCUUCGAUUUACACGCGCUUCACAUGGCUAUGUGGCGGUGAAGACUCGGUUCGCCCUGACACAGUCCUUUCCCUCUCCGCGCAACAGCUCAAGCAAAUUGGGAUUUCUGGGCGCAAGGCUAGCUAUUUGUAUGACCUUGCUAAUAAGUAUAAUUCCGGGAUUUUGACGGAUGAAUCAGUGGUGAAAAUGGAUGACAGGUCAUUGUUCACAAUGCUCUCAAUGGUGAAGGGGAUAGGUUCCUGGUCAGUCCACAUGUUCAUGAUAUUCUCGCUGCAUCGACCGGAUGUGUUGCCUGUGAGUGAUUUAGGGGUUAGGAAAGGUGUGCAGUUGUUGUACAGUUUGGAGGAUUUGCCAAGGCCAUCACAGAUGGAGCAGUUGUGUGAGAAGUGGAAGCCGUACAGGUCAGUUGGGGCAUGGUACAUGUGGCGGUUUGUUGAGGGGAAGGGGACUCCGGCAGCUGGUGCUACAAUGGCACUGGAGGGUAAUAUUGUGCAGCCAUUGGAACAGAUUGAGCUGCAGCAGGAUGGUCGGCAUCAUCAUCAGUUACAGUUUCUGGAAUCAGUUAAUGGCAUUGGAAAUCUCGGCUAUCCCAACCAGAAUAGCACCAGGCUGGCCUUUAACAAGGCAAGAUUUAGUUUCCAAAUCUACCCCUGGAACAAUGACUCUGUUGCUCUGCAGAAACAAAGGCAUUAAUUGUCUGCAAAGCGAAUCCAGGUAAAAGACCAGUACGGAUAUGGAGAAGCCAAAAGCCAAAAAGGGAAAAGCAAGAGAGCAAACAAAAGAAAAAAGUAGGACAUUGACUAGAAGAUUAAUCACAGAACAACUGUGGAAAGGAGACAUCAGGGUGAUUGAGAUGUGCAAUAGCAGCCCCAUGGCAGGAGACUGGCUGCGGAACGGAAACCACUAGUCCUGAAGAAAAUAAGGAUGGGGAAUGUGGCCAUUGAAACAAUGAAAUGCCCUGAUUUUGACAACUUUACAGGCUUCAAAUAUUGGAAUGAGAUGAGAUCCGAAGCAGCAGAGAACUAGUCGCCGUAUAAGGGAUUGUCCAGCAAAAGGAAGAGAUCUAUCAUUUGUCGAGAUUAUAGUGAUGUAAAUGAUGAAGAUCUGGGCACUGAUAUGAUCUCAUAAUCAAAGCUGUGCAUGUUGAACUUUGAUUGCCUUUCCAUCAUACACACACCGUUUAGCAAUCUAGACUUUAGCUGCCAGUUGUGGCACAUAAUUCAUUGGGUCAUGACCCCUAAACCCCUUCAUGCUUGGGAUUGGAAUUAAUCCCCUUAAAUCAAGAGAUAUGCUUUUAUGUUGUCUAACAGUAUUCAUAAAACUAACAGCGAUUAGGAUGGUAGUGCAAAAGCAGCCCCAGUCGCAGGAGAUGGGCUUUGGAACAGAAACUAGUCCCGAAGAACACAAGGAUGAGAAAUUUUGCCAUCGAAAGAAUGGAAUGCCCAAAUGAGACAGCUUCACGGAUAGGGAUAAGAUUAGAUCUGAAACAGCAGAGAGCCAGUAGCCAUUUAAGGGAUUUACCAGCAAAAGACAGAUUAUUCAUUUGUCAAGAUUAUGAUAAUGUAAAAUUGUAAAUGGUGAUGAUCUGGCUAGUGCCGUGCAUGUUGAAGUUUGAUUGCUAUUCCAUCAUGCACAGACCAUUAGAAGUCUAGACUUUAGCCACAGUUGUGUCACAUAGUUCGUGGGAUUGUGACCCUAAAUCAAUUCAUGUUUGGGAUUGGAAUUAAUCUCCUUAAAUCAAGGGGAUAUGAUUUUAUCUUGUGUAACAAUAUUCAUAACACUAGUAGCCAUUAGGUUUGUAGUAAGAGCUGUGACCUCCAUAAUUUGCAUAUUGUGUUGGAUACCAUUGUAUUCACUAUCUUAUAAGUUCUUGUCAUGAUGAAACUUAAUCCUGAGAUUUAUAAAAGAGGAAAUGUGUAACUACUAAAAAGAGAACAUGGGUGGUGUAUUUGGUUUUACAGAGAAGUAAUGGGUAUGUUUAUGGUGAAGCGAGCAAGAGUGAGGCCACUGGUAGUGGAAGAAUAGCUUGUGUACAUUGAAAAAAGUAGAAAGAAACGUUAGAGAAUGCUGCUAACAUUAAUAAAGUAAAAAUGAGGAUUUUUGAUUGGUUGAUUCUACAGAGGAACUGGUGUACUAAUGUUUAUGUUUAGUGAAGAAAGUUAUAGUUGCUUAACAGCUUCCAUGGUGAAAAUGAAAUGGAUAAUGUUUAUGUUUAGUGAAGAAAGUUAUAGUUGCUCAACAGCUUCCAUGGUGAAAAUGAAAUGGAUAAGAGGAGUGAUUUGUGUUUGUGGAAUGAACAUAGAAUAAAAAUGUAGCUUCCAUUGAGCAAAUUUAGUCAUUUAUAAAUUUUAAUAGUAAGAGAAUGGUAGUAUAUCCCGCGAAAUGGGGGAACAAUAAUGAUUAGUAGUUAUGAAUGUGUGGUUGAAAUUAAUGUUUGACUUUGAUCGAAUUUAUAAAUGGUAUGUUAAAUUGGUUGCCAAACGGAGGCGUAGUCUUUUCCAAAUGAAUAAUGAACAGUGCUUUACUUUUAGGAUAGGAACUAGAUUGAUCUUGAUUUUAUUCUCGUGUUUCUAAGAGGGAGAGUUUUGUUGAUCUGCCAAUAGUGGAAAGAGUAGUCAUGUUCAACAAUGGUUGAAAUUGUUUUUUGACAUGGGAUUUUACCCGGUUUUGGGGACUUGGAUAAGAAAAACAGACAGAAUUAAUGGUUGAAGUUGCUGUCCGAAGAAUCAAAUGUAUUGAAUUAUACAGAGUUGUUCACCAUGAUUUUAGCUUGUAACAUGAACUUUAUUUGAUCAGGUAGAAAGGGCUAUGAUUUUAGCCUCCGUUUGGGUUUUCAUUUUAUUUUGCUAAAAUCUAGUUUUCAAGAAAUGAGUGAUUAGUAAGUCGGUAUUAAUUGUGGGUGAGUCCACAAAAUGUGUGGUUAAAAUUAAUGUUUGAUUUUGAAAAGUAGAAAUUUAGGAGAAGAAAAUGAAACCAAAUGGAGGCUUAGAUUGCAUUACAAACUUCAAUUUGAUUAGUUAGGAAAAAUAUGCUGACAGUAACCUGCUUUAUUUGUAAUUCGAUCUACUUAAAAGAAUUUUCUCACUUCCAUUUGUUAGAAAUUAGCAUUCGUAGUUUAAGAGACAAUACUUUUAUGCUAUAACAAGGACACUCUGACACUCUACUAUAUGCAUUUUCUUUCUUUGGCAGUAGUUAUAUUUGAUUUAGCUUGAAGUUAUUUUGACUUCAAUGGCUACUUCUCUGAUUUAAAAGAUUUUACCUUCAAAAUUUAAAACUAUAAAAGAUACCGAUUUUAUUGAAAAUAAAAGGUAAAAGAAAAAUAUAGUGUAACGCGCUAGGAGUAUAAAUGAAAGAAGUGGAACAAAGUGUCGCUUCGGGAAACAUGGGUAUUGUUAUAAAGUUCUCGAUUUUAAAGAAAUUCCUGUUGUAAUGACAUGUAUUUUUAUUACUAGUCGUUAGAUUAAAAAUUAGGACUUAAGUGUGCUGUUAUUAAAGUCUAAUGACCUUAUUAGUUAUUGAUUUAGUUAAAUGACCUUAUUGAUUACUAGCCAAUAGUUUGAGGACCUUAUUGACUUAAGUGAAGAGUUGAUUUGGAAGUUAGAUGAAAUCAUGUGUAAAAUAUAUGUAAAUAUGCCAAUUAACCAUGAUUAAAGAUGAUUUAUUUGACCACAUGCAUUAUUCAUUAAAUUUUAAGAAAUGUAAUUGAUUUGACCAAAUGCGUUAUUUACGCCAAGUUUCAAGCCAAGUCAAUUGAUAUGAUUACAUGAUUAAAUGUAUUGAUUUAACAACUUUCAAGACAAUGCACCAAUUAUGCAUUAAUCAUGCUUAACAUCUAGCCAUUUCCUUUCAAUUUUUGACACAUGGUCUAAGAAUUUGCACUAUAAAUAGGAGAUAAACUCAACAUUGGAUUACCCCUCACCAAUUAUUUACACGCUCCCUCUAUCUUAUCACUUUGUGUCUACACCCUUGAUCUUUCUCUUGUCCUUUUCAUAUUAAAUAUAAUCACACUUAUACGAUCCCACACGUAGUAUUAUGAAUUAUUCUUUCAUAUUUAAAUUACGGAAAUUUAUGUUAUGAAUAUGAUGAUUCGGAAAUUCAAGUCAUAAUUAUGAUAAGGGAUCCUAUGUGUAAGUUCAAAGGAUUGGAGUUUAGUAGAACUACGCACUGGAAUUAUAGCCAUGUUUUGAAUUUUAAUUCCCGUGUCUCCAUAUGUAUGUUAUGAUUUUCUGUAUUUAAAUAUGAAAUGCAAAUUCGUUAUUACUCAUUUACCGAGAUUUUUAUCUCACGCAAAUAUG